ACGGUAAAAGGCAAAAGUGUUGCGCUAUGGCUGUCUAAAUCCUGGUUUUCAUUUCUCGUUUUCUCCCCAUCGCCCAUCGGCAAUCUGCCUUUCAUCUUGUUCUUUUUUGAGACCUCAUCUGUUUUGUAAGGGCUUUAGGGUUGAUACCGAAUUUGAUACCCUCCCAAUCACAUACAUCUCGUGUUCUUCUUCCCGUGCGUUUUUCCACCUGUUUCUUUUUCAUUGAACCUCUUGUCACGACGGCUCCGUUGAAUUCAACACACCGUCUCUCUGUACCGUUGCCCGAACGUAGACCACUAGUUACCGUUGUUGAUCCCAGCAUGGCCGACGCGCUUGAUAGUUACCCCACGCUGUUUAUCAGUGGCAUGCUGCCGAGCAUCACUGAACUGGACCUCGUAAAAGUGUUGAAUGAAAUGAAAUUGGAAACUAAGGUUAUCAUGGAACGGGAUCCCGUGACCUCUGUUCCUCUUGGGCGGAUCAAGUUGAUUUUCCGCUACAUGCCUGACGCCGAACGUUUCUAUGCAACCGUCAACGGCUCGUUGUUCCUCGGCGCCAAAGUGCAUCUUACCUUUAAAGAUCCAAAUAUGAAUUUCACCAAUACAUCCGGUUCCAAGAGCAUCGUCGUCAAGCACAUCCCUUUGGGAGUCACUUCCCUCGACUUUUACGAAGCCGUUCGCCCCUUCGGUCGGAUCAUUUCGUGCAAGGUCAUGAUUGAUCGUUCCGGCAGCGAGUCGUACGCUCUCUUGCAGUUUGAGAAUCAGGACCAUGCGGACCGAUGUGUCAACGAGGUGAAUGGAUCCCAAUUUAGGGGUAACACCAUUUCUCUCUCAUGGCAGUUCCCAAAGAACUCGCCUUACCAAUAUCCUACAAAGCGUACGUCAAUGAGUAAGGAACAAAUCAUUGGGGUCGACGCUUCUCAAUUGGGCGCUCCUGCCGGAUGGAGUCAGAAUGGCUCUACUACCAAUGGAUGGGGCCAACCGACGCCUCCAAACUCGCCUCCGCCGGUGAGUGUGACUCCACCAAACUGGUCAUCUGCGCCCAACCCGAAUGCUGCGCCCUGGAGCCCGACAAGCCCGACCACCGGUUGGCAUCAAGGAGCCUCGCAGGGCGGUGCCCCGCGACAUGCUUGGGAGACUUCCACCCCAACAGUCGUGCCCGAUAUCCCACUUGAUGAAAAGAAUCUUUACAUCAAGAAUCUAGAAGAGCACGUUGACAAUUUGGAGCUGUUCAACAUGUUCCGUGUGUUUGGCAGAAUUAUUUCUGCCAGAGUCAUGCGUGACGAAGCCACGGGCCGAAGCAAAGGGUUCGGAUUCGUUUCCUUUGAAACAGCGGAAAUGGCUGGAAGGGCUUUGCGCGACAUGAACGGCAAACGAUACGGUAACAAGCAACUGGUUGUCAACGUUGCUGAGCCAAAAGGAUAUCGGCAGACAAAAUUGGCCGCCCUUCAUGCCGCAAAAGGCGGUUUGCCAAGCCCAGUAGCGGUUUGAGCGGGUUAUUGGGACAUGGUAUGGACAUGAAAAGAACAUUAGAAAUCAACCACAAUUCACCUUUUUUUGGGAAGGAGAUGCAUUGCAGCCUCAUAUAGUAUUUUUUUGUAACAAUAUAUAGACAUUCAAAAGUUGCGAUGGGAAAUGGAUUAGACAAAUUCUAUGUAAAAAAGAUCUGUUACAUUGGCAGUCGGUAACCGCGAUGGGAGAACGUAAUAAAAAAGACAUGAACCCCACAGACCAUUUAUCACACCCG